UGGUGGCCAGACCAGACAGCAGACGAGAGUGGACUCUGGUCAGCUGCAGUGCAAGACUGUCAGUCAGCAAUAUGGGGAAACUGCUGGUCAUCGCUGCUGUUUGUGUGCAGCUGUGCUGUGCACAGUACCCGAGAUACCUUCGUUUCCCGGUUGGCAGAGGCGACGACACCAAAUGUCAUGACAAUCAGGUUGACAAGAAGUACAACAUCGGUGACGUCUGGAGCUCUCCAUUCUCUGGCUGUAAACAGAGCCAUUGCGUCAAGGACGACGGCGUUCUUUACAUUGACAGAUACCAGUGCCCGUCGGUGAGAAAGCAGGUGGACUUCAAGAAGCUGAAGGCCAACAAUCUGUUCUGCCGCGAGGCUCGGGGAGACAGGAGGAAGGAGUUUCCCGACUGCUGUGCCCGCCUUGUCUGUAAACACUACGUGGACGGCAAGCUUGUGCCGCUGCCGGCGCACAAAUAUCCCCUGCUCUAGUCAUGAAUGGGAUGGAACUACAUUUGCUGAAAUGUGAACCAAAGACGUCUGAAUAUUUGCCCGCGUGUGCACAUUUGGUGUAACCGAGUGUUGCUUUGCUGCAAGGGCAUUCAGCGCGACUCUUGUGAUAUUGGUGUAUUGUCUAUCGAUGCUAUUUUGUGCACGCAAUAAUCACUUUUUUAUUUAUUGGUCGCUUGUUGUGCUCGGCACCACUCUGAUGCUCAGGAUAAUAUACUUUCGAGCCCGGAUGACUGGAACUUCUUGUGACACCUGGGUGAAUCAUUAUCCCCAAUUUAGUCAUCCGUACACCGAUGAAACGUUUGUGGGGGCUGUCACCAGUCGUAAACAUUGUUACUAGCUCUCUUCACUCGAAACGCUGGGAAACCAGGUUUCUGAUGGAAGCGCGAAUAAACCUGGCAUAUACAACUUUGAGGCCCUGACUGAG